ACGCAACCACACACCAUCCUACCCAGCGCCCAAAUUACACUCGGGGAAUUGUGGGUCAGAAGUUUUUCUUUGUAUUUAUUUUCUUGACUUUGAGUGACUUCGUUUUGCAUAACAGUGCUUAUAACAGAAGGAUACUUUUUGCCGUAUAAAACUGCUCUUCACUGUAGCAGACCUCAUCACAAUUCAGCACAAUAUACCUUGGAAAGAUUUCUCGUUUUUUUUCUAUUAACGGUGGUGCCUAUGUGAUGCACAGGGACGAAAUCAAAAAAGCCCAGAGCGAGGUUAAGUUCGCAUUACUUAAUAGUGAUCGCGAGACGUUGUCCUGUAUCGGCCAAACCGGUCAUGGGUUUUUAAUUAAGAGCUUACGAAAACCAGCGUGGUUUCAAUUAUGUGGUUUGACAUUACAUACCCCGCCAGCUCGCGAAACAGCACUGUUACAAGGCGACUCGUAUGCCGACAAGCACCAGGUCGAAAUGGAUAUGAACCGUUCUUACUUUCAUUCCAAAACACAUCCUUUUAGGUUACGAAAACAACGUUCUCGUUUAAGCAAGGUCUUUGACAUCAUCUUUAAGACGCAUCCGGCUCUUUGUUACUAUCAAGGCCUACAUGAUAUCGCCCAAGUCCUCCUUUUGACGCUGUCCUUUUCUCAUGCUUUACGUUUGCUUGAACACUUAAUUUUUUUUCGGUUGCGAGACUUCUUGUUGCCAAGUUUGGAACCAACUUUGCACCAACUCGAAUUAAUGAUGCACAUAAUUAAGCUGCGUGAUCCCGAGCUCAGCUCAGAAUUAGUCAAAUUGGGUGUACAAAAUUACUUCGCGCUGUCUUGGCUUAUUACGUGGUUCUCUCAUGAUAUUGAGGAUUUUGGUGCUAUUUGUCGCUUAUUUGACUUCUUUAUCGCAACCCAUCCGCUUACAGUUGUUUAUGCUUGUGCUCAGCUUGUUCUUGAUAAUAGUUUGGAAUUAAAGCAUAUGAUACGAAACGGAUCGGGAGCUGAUAAUGUGUACACAUUUCUGUGCAAGUUGCCGCAGCAGCUUGAUGUUGAAACUUUAAUACGCCACACUUGCUCUCUUUGUCGGACACUUCCUUUUCCUAAGCUUGACUUAGAUUCCUGUUCAAUUUCGAAAUAUAGUUGUUUGCGAACGAAGGGGGAAUCUUGGGAAUUGGCGAAUAAUUCUGAUGGCCCUAUGCUGUUCCGUAUGCAUUGUGAAGAUCUGAAGGCGUCAAAGUCUAUUACCAAGGAUAAGUAUAACUCGCUUUUACCUUUGGAUCUUCGAGUUUCAGGACGCAGUAUGGUUGCUGCUAUUACUGUCAUUGGCAUAGGAAUAGUAGCGUCACAGUACGUUACGAGUCAGAACCCUUCUUAAUGGUGGAAACACUCGUCAUACCCAGGAUUGCAUGUAAUCUAAAAUACCUUUGACCCAUUUCCGCUCAUGCAUUCCUUACCUCGGUAUCCUUGCUAUUCUUAUUCUUGCUUCGCAGUUUCAUCAUAUCUACACACUGGAAAGUACCAUCUAUGGACGUGUUUUGUUUCUUGUUUUGUCUUCUUUUUUUGUAUUUUUUUGCUCCUGAACAGUAUAGCACACUGUGCAUGGUUUAUUUUCUAUUCCGCUUACACUGCAUUGAACAGCGGCUGUAAACAAGUUAAGGCACACUUUUAAUUUAAUCAAAGCUUAAUGCUCGCUUUUCUUGGUUUCUGUUUAAUUAAUAAAAUCGGCUAUAUUCUGGGAAGCAAAUUACGAAAAGUAAUACUAAUAAUCACAAACUUGUUUUCGUCAAGUAGGACUGAUAACUAAAAAGAUGCCUUUUACGAAGUCGGUAUUAUGCGUUUAAAGCUUCGGGUAUAAAUCAUUUCGUCUUGCAAGCGGUAUAGCUCGGCGAACUCGUUCAGCAAUGGAAAGGUUCACAUCAAAUAGAAGAAGUCCUUCAGGAGUAUUCAUGUCACUGUAUUGAGCAAUCACCGUGCCUAUAUUGUUAGUAACAAGAAAAUAACGGGUAGAAAAUGAAUGAGGAAUAAGCGUAUGUAUAGCUUCGGUUGCUUUAUCUCAUCAUUUUCUUUUGAUAUGUUCAUGAAAACGUACCCCAAGGAUCAAUCACCUGUACCGCACAAGUUAGCUUCGAUAAUGAGGAAAAAUUACUUACCAUGGAAUGACCAUAACUAGUACGUUUAGCGUUGUGAGCACCGUGCUGAGCAGCUGCAACAACGAAACACUGUGAAUCAAUUGCUCUAGCUCUGAGUAACGUUUCCCAAUGAGCAGCCCCAGUUUUUUCCGUGAAAGCACUCGGGUAUACGAGAAUAUCAGCGCCUUUUGAGCGAAGGUGCUGAGCCAAUUCGGGAAACCGAAGGUCAAAACAAAUAGCUAGGCCAACCUUACCCAAUGGUGUCAUCACUGGGCUUGGAAUUUCUGUUCCUGGCAUAGUUGAGUUUGAUUCCUUGAAUGUCUUCCCUGGACCCAAAUCAACAUCAAACAAAUGCACCUUGUGGUAGCGAGCUGCAAUGGUGCCGCGAGUAGGUUCAAUCCAAAUGUUUGAAUUAUAAAUUUUCCCUGCACAUUCCGAGGCUUCAUGCACACAAAUCUUUAAACGUAAGCAUAUGUCAAAACAUAACAAAAAAAUAAAGUUGCAAUCAAGCAGUAGCAAACUAUUCUUACAUUCACAUGAAUUUUAGAUCGUAUUGCCUGCUCGCAUAUACCCUGGAGAAACUUUUUGUUCUCCUCCGUAGAAGUUAAUUCAACAGAUUCAUUCACCUUCCUACAGUCAGUUUACCGUCCCAACAAUACAAUAUGAUAAAUAAAAGGACUUUAUAAAUAUAUUUAAAUUCACUGAGUUGCAUUUGUGUUCGUUACUUACGUUUUCUGCAAUGAA